GCAGUGGUAACAUUUCCCACGGUCUACGGAAUACAUCAUCGGCUACAACCUUGAUCGAUAACUCAGAGUCUUACACUAAUGUAAUGCAACAAGCCGGAAUUUCUGUCGACACACUGAGCAACGGAAGAAAAUAAUUGUAGAACGAGCCAAUUAUUUAGCAAAAGGUGUUGACAGAUGUCUUGUGAUGCAAAGCAACUUACUUGAUGAGGUUGUAAACCUUGUCGAAGCACCUGUUCCCGUGCUCGGAAAAUUCUCAGAGUCGUUCCUAGUGCUCCCGAAAGAUCUGUUAGUAAUGGUUAUGCAGAAGCAUCAGAAGCACUUUGCGUUGACGGACACGAACAGAAGUCUGUUGCCGUAUUUCAUUGCUGUUGCAAAUGGAGCGAUUAUUGAAUCAAUUGUUAGGAAAGGAAAUGAAGCUGUACUAAGAGCUCGAUAUGAAGAUGCUAAGUUCUUUUAUGAAUUGGACACUAGUAAAAGGUUUUCGGAGUUCCGGGGUCAACUGAAUGGAAUUCUUCUUAAUUUUUUCCCUACUCUUCGUAUUGACAAAAUAACAUGUAUAUGUCUGGUCUCUCUCUAAGAAGAUGAAAUUUACAGGAGAAACUUGGAACGAUGGAGGACAAAAUGAUACGGGUUGAGAGUACCGUUAGUGAACUUGGGUCGGCCCUAGGGCUAAGUGAAGAUAAGCUUCAGAUUGUUCGUGAAGCUACAUCACUCGCUAUGUCUGACCUCUCAGCUGCUGUUGUUACGGGAUUUACGUCUUUAUCAGGAAUAAUGGCAUGCCACCACUAUGCUCUUCGUGAAGGAUACUCGCAACAGGUUUCCGAUGCAUUGUUUGAGAUUACAAGCAGCAUGGAUAAAACACUUGGAGAAUCAUACAACAUUAGAACCGGCCACCGGUUACAAAUUUUCUCCCCAUCACAACAGCAUUAAUGUGGCCAUGAACCCAUGGAUGCAAAUUUGCAGCACUUUUAAGUCUAAAACAGUGAGUAUGUGGACUUGAAGAAAACAAUCUUGAAAUAGUUAUUAGUUUAUAUGUAAAGUCGUUUUCCUUUGUAACUUUUGUAGAUAGGUUUUGAUUAGAAGUUAAUGUUUAUAAUUAGUAUUACUAUUUAAAUUAAAAACUUAUGUAUGGAUUUUGGGUUAUUAUUGUUAAUAGCAUUUGGUUUU